CACAUUUCAGUACGUCUUGGACACAAUCGACCAGUGGAAGAAUCUAUUUUCGCCAUUUACUUUGCGUGUUUGUGCAUCUUUUGUUGUGUUUAUGUUUGUGAUGUAAUUUAACUUUGCGAUGGAGGUUAAAAUAGAGCCAAGCGUGUUUGAUAUAAAUAAGAUAUGUAGGGCUUGUCUCUCGGAAAAAGGCGAAAUGAGGUCUGUGUUCUUGGCCGAUGAAUCCACCGGACAUGCUAUGAUGCUCGCAGAAAUGAUCACGGGAAUCUCCUCCGUACAGAUUGACAGCGGGGAUGGGUUGCCGUCGCUGGUGUGCCUCCAGUGCGUGCACCAGCUCGCCCGGGCCUACUCCUUCAAGCAGCUUUGCGAGCAGUCCGACACGAACCUGCGCCAGUAUUUGGGGCUGCCCCCGAGCAUGAAACAGAAGAAGGAGGAGGAGACAAGCCACGCGACCGAUUUUGCAACAACUCUCCUCCUCGACAACUUCGGUUUGGAUUCAUCAUCGGGUGAUAGCGACGAUGAUGAUUACAAAAUCGACUACAAUCUACUCCAAACUACAUUACCGGACACAAACGACGAAAAGGUCAUUGCCCAAAGACAGCUCCUUAAAGCCGCAAAGUCCCAAAAAAGCAAACUGUCGAAGAAAUUGCUCGCGAAAGCCGGGGGAAAAGCAGCCGUUUUAGCCGCAAAAAAACUGAAACGUAACACCAACCAAUGCAACGUGUGUAAAAAGCAGUUCAUUAAUAUGAAAUCAUUUCGGAAGCACUUGCGGACGCACAUUGAAGACCGGCCUUACAAAUGCAAGCUGUGUCCCCGGGGAUUCACCGAGGAGAACUACCUAAACAACCACAUGCGUACUCACGUGCCUGAAGACCAGAAACCACACGAAUGCAAAGUUUGCAAGAAACGCUUCAUUCACACCACUCUCCUCACGAAACACAUGCUGAAACACAGUGGGGAGAAGCCCUUUGUGUGCAAAAUUUGCAACAAGGGAUGCUACGCCGAAAACAGUCUUCUCAAACACAUGAAAAUCCAUGAGAAGAAAGAGGGGGAUCCCGCGUUACUGAAACACAUUUGUGACUAUUGCAAGACUGAGUUUCCCGACGCGCAGAGUCUCUCAGUUCAUAUAAAACAGCACACGGGGGAUCGGCCUUUCGUGUGCAACAUCUGCGGCAAGUGCUUCCCCCAGAGGUUUAAUCUCGAGCUCCAUUUGCGGACGCAUACGGGGGAGCGGCCGUUUCAAUGCGAGGUUUGCAAAAACGGUUAUGUCUCGAAAGCGAGUUUGAAGAUUCACAUGCGGACGCAUACGAAUGAGCGGCCGUUUGUGUGCGAUUUUUGCGGAAAAGCGUUCAGACAGUCGGGGGAUUUGACGAGUCAUAAGCGACUCCAUGGGACCGAAAAACCGAUAGAAUGUCAAGUUUGCCAGAAAAGAUUCACGACUGUAAUGAAACUGAAGUACCAUAUGAGGAACCACACGGGGGAGCGACCGUAUGUGUGCACAGUUUGCGGUCGGGGAUUCACCGUAAACACGAUUUUAUUGCGACACAUGAGAGUGCAUUCAGGGGAGCGGCCCUACGUAUGCGUCACGUGUGGGAAAGCCUUCUCGCAAUCAAGUACUCUAAACACACACAUGAAGGUGCAUGCACCAUCUCCCAAGUUCAACAACCAAGAAUCGCAACAACGAAUCCCGAAAUUUCACACCACCAAUGAACAAAAGUUCCAAAACCAACAACAUCAGCCCCCACAACAAGCCCCUCCUGACCACAAUAACCGUUUAAUGCAAACGAUGCAACCGGAACCACAACGUAUGAUGCCACAAGACAACACUCGGAUGAUAUCCAGUGAUGGUUCAAGGAUUAUCACUGAUAAUUCUCAUCUUAUCAGUGAUAAAGGUUUGAUUAAUGAUGGGACGAGAUUGUUGGUUAAUAUGACGGAGCCGCCGCGGCUUCUAGUUCACGAUAAUUCGAGAUUUGUAACGAAUGAUAACAGAUUGUUGACAAAUGAUGGACGAUUGCUGACUAAUGUUAAUGAUAAUUCCAGGCUUUUGACUAAUGAUAAUGCCAGGCAUUUAGCCGUUAUCGAGAGUUCGAGGAUUUUAGCCGAUAAGUAUUUAGCUAGUUAUGAGCCAUAUCAUCGCGGACAUUUGUAAAGUGUCGUGGGGUUUAAUUAAUUAUUUCUAGUGUAUUUAUUGGUCGAAAAAAGAUUUAUUUUUGGUAUUUUUACGAUGUGUUACCUUUAUUAAUAUUUAUGUGUGUAUUUACUUGCCAAAAGUAAGAAACAAAAAUAUGGGCAAUCUCCUAGUUAUAAUUAAGUGUUUUAUUGUGUACAAUCCGUGCUUUUUAUUUUAUUAUAUUCACAUUCCCAAGCUAAAAUUAGACUUGUCGUCAGAGGCUUGUAAAUUAUUUAUUUUAUUUAGUUGAAAAAAAGAUAUAGUUUUGUGGGGCUCUUUCAAAGUCCUCUGAAGACAGAGUGUGUCUAUCAAAUCAAAUAGUAAUAAUUUGUAAUUUAAUUACAACAUUGGUUGUGAUGUUCAUUUGAAGUAAUUUGAUCACAGCGCUGUCCAUACGUGUGUAAGUAUUACCAUGUUAAUAACUUCUUAAACUGUAAGUAGUUUAAACCUAUGUAACAACAUAAUGUAAGUUUUUAACUUUAUUCAAAUACAUUUUUUUAUAUACAA